AUGCCAUAUUCGCCCUCCGAUGGCUACCAAAACGCGCCGUCACAGCCACAUCACCAGCAACAACGCGGCUCGCAGAUGCCACGAAAUCAGGCGUAUAAUGGGCAUUCCAGUGGCACGGGGUACAGAGCACCAUACGCCUUCUCCAGCACGCCUCCUCUGCGCCAGGAGAACAGGUCCGUUUCGUUACCGCAACCUCAGGUCUCGCAGCAGGCACCCAGCCACGUGAACCACGCGCGCCUGGGACACCCCUCCCACCCCUCAUCCUCAUCCGACUCGACCGUCUCGACUUCGGGCUCCUCCAACCGCUCCGUGGCCAACCCAUCGCAUGUAGUCAAGGAAGGGGAGAACAGGAAACCAAAUGACAGCGCGGCGUCAUCCAUCACGCUAUCCACCUCGGUGCUUGACCUGUCGUUCUCUGUGGGCGAUGCCCCAACGAAGCCUUCGCCUGGUCGCUAUAGGCGCGGGGCUGGGAGAACAGACUCUUCGACUAGCAUACCCACCGCUGCAUCUACCCCAACGCAGCGCUCGUCGGCUACCACGCCCACCCAAGCCUCGCCAGCCCUACCCACAUUGGACACUGACUUGACUGGCCCUGCACGGCCGGGACACAACCGGACUAUCAGCGCCGAUGAUUCUUCGCUUGGUCGCUCAGGUGGUGGAGAUGCAGCAAAGAGGUACAGGAGACGCAGUUUCAAUGGCCUCGAUGGCAACGCGAUUGCUGCAAACAUGGCUUCGAUGCACGUCGGUUCCACCACUGCAGAGAGCACAACAGUCAGCACAGCCUCAGCGGAACCGACAAGACCUGCCUCCAGCGCAGGAAGACAGGGCAGCCGGCCUGCAUCCAGCCACAGUCAUGAUAGACAAGGCAGUGCGGGCAGCGCCUCCUCGAAGGCUUCUUCACGCUCACAAACCCGCACAGAGGCACCUGCACCUCGUACAUAUGCUUCCGUCGCAGGUGGCGCCACCCCAAAGGCCUCGGAAGCCGCGAGACGACAUGCUCCCUCCCCACUGUCGCAUCCCAUCUCGCCAUCCGAACCACCAAGCCCUGCUAGGCCACAAGGCAUGCCCAGCGCUGCUGUCCAGCAUCUCACAGCUGUCAAUGACAAGGAUAAGGGCAUGAAGUCUCGUCUACGUCGUGCAUUCUCAUUUGGCAGCGCUGCCGAACUUAGACGUGCUUCAGCGGAGAAUAACAUUUCCGCGGAGCGUGCGAAACUUCGCAAGGACAGAUAUCAAAAUGAAGAGGAUGCUGAACAAGCAGCAAUUAUCGCUAAACAGGAAGCUGCGGGUAUCGGUGCUGGUAUCUACUCUGGUCAGGGAGGCAUGGGCUCCACCGACAAUUUGUCUGUUGCUUCGGCUGCCUCGUCCGCAUCGAUAAUGCUCCGAAAAAUGGGCCACGGCAUGAAAAAAGGCUCCAGGUCCAUCAAGGGACUCUUCAGGCCAAAGUCGGUUAUCGGUGUGCCAGCUGCUGAUGGUCCCAUCACAAGACCUAGUGUCGGAGAAGUCUCACUAGUCACAGUUGAGGCUGAAAGACAAAAGGUCAACGUGAACGCCGAUCCUCACGACCAGGCUCGUGGUGGCACCGGCUACCCUAGACUGGAGCGGAACUCGAUCGAUGCUGGACGAAGCGCUGAGAUAGUGAACCCCUCCAUCGCGAGCGACUCCUUGACGAGGAAGAGCAUUGUUGGCAGUGAUCGCGAAAGAGCGGAAGUCCUAUCGAAUAUCAAGAAGGGCAUCCUAAAACGCAACGGAACCGGUUCCGACUCUGGAUCCCCUGUCCUACGCCCAACAGACAAAGCUCCUAGCUUCAGGUCGAAUUCGCCGAGCACGCCCAACGACAAGGGCUCCGUUCGCAAUGAGGACUACUUUGCGAGACCUCGCAUUCCGAAUGGAAGCACGAGAAGUCUUCCAAGCACUCCGCAAGGUAGCAAAGGAAACAUCACCUUCAGCCCGCGUAUCCAGUUCCACGAUGCGUGGUCUCCUCAGGACUAUGACCGCCGAGGAGACAUUGCAACCUGCAAUAGGCUCACGCCUAUGCUUGCACAGCAAAUCAAGGAAGAGCUCAAUUCCUUCAAAAUGGAAAUGGAGGUCCACGAGCUCUCCAAACCUCACACCCAUUUCUUCUAA